AUGGAAAAUGUAAGAAACAAUGAUACAAGUGAAUCCUCGGAGGCUCACAUGAGUCGUAUGGGAAAAAUGUUUGCAGCUCUGACUGAAACACUGACACAACAACAGAGGCAACAACUUUUGCCUCCUCCGCCUCCACCAGCACAACAUGAGCCAGAUAACAAUGAUAUAAUCAACCUAACUCAGAAGUUCAUGAAGAUGAAACUGACAACUUUCCUGGGAGGUAUUGAACCAUUAAAGGGUGAAACAUGGUUGUUGGAAAUGGAGAAAUUAUUUGAAAUGUUUCCCUGUUCUGAGAUUCAGAAAGUCCUUUUGGCCACAUACACCCUGAAAGACGAAGCCUGGAGAUGGUGGUUAUUGGUAGGAGUCCUCAAACUACCUACGUAUGUGAAUGUGCUUGAUAGGGCUUUGAUGGCAGAUGCCAUUUUGGCAGCAAAGAAACAAGCUCCUACCCCAACAACUGAAUGGAAGGGGAAAAGAUCUGGAAUCAGUUUCAAAAAGGGCCGUUCAUUUGCUAUGAAUAAGAAAAAAAAUACGGGAUUUUCUAGCAGAUCAAGUCAAAGCAGUGGAUCUGCGCCUAUUUGUACCCAGUGUGGGAUGAGACAUAGAGGAGUUUGCCAUCGGGUAUUUGGUUCUUGUUUCCGGUGUGGCAAGAUGGGCCACAUGAUAAGAGAUUGUCUAAUUGGGUUAGAGAAUGACAAUUGUCUUGUAGCAAGUUCAGUAGGAUCUGCUUCUGGAUCAAGAACAAAUGUUAGAACUAAUACGGGAAGAGAACCCUUGAGACAGGGUAAAGUUUUUACACUUGUGGCUGGUGACGUACAGAAUACUGAAUCUGUGGUGUCAGGAAUUGACCAUUUUGAUUGCAUAUUGGGUAUAGAUUGGUUAACGAAGUACUUUGCAAAUAUUGACUGUGUGAAUAAGUCUGUUAUAUUUCGUCCACCAAGGUUACCUGAGUUUGUGUUCACCGGGAAUGGCGUGGUCCCUCUCCCAACUUGA